AAAGCUGGGUUUGGGAUUAUUUUUUAAUAGAGAAAAAUAAUGACAUUUGCAAAAUUAUUAGAUUUUUUAAAGAAAAUAAGAAGGAAUGUGAUCAAAAAUACAAAUAUGAUGGUGGAACUAAAAAUAUGGCCUAUUAUUUACAAACCUAUCAUAAAAUAUUUGAUAAAAACAUAUUUGAUGAUGAAUUAACUUUGUAA